CAUCAUAUGUCAGGUAAUUCAAUACGGACUUUACGAAAUGUGUGGGUUUAUGAAUCUUUCAUCUGAUCAGUUUUGAGCAAUCUACCACAAACAGUGAAGAUGAAUCCCCUUUUCACAUAUAAGGAUUUGCUCUAAUGCAAUAAACCUCAUCUGACAUUCUGUCUAAUCUUAGGGAUUUAUUCACCAUUACAACAUGGAGUCAGCUGGAUUCCUCCUGUUGUGCUUUUCACUAAGCAUACUCAUCUAUGAAUCGAGUAACACCCAUACAUACAGCUAAAAUCCCGGAGGUGAUAAAAGUCACUGCAAAAAGUUGCUGAGAACUUCUGAAUAAACAUGGGAAGAAAAAAGAUGGUUUGUACUACUUGCUCUCUAAAAACAAUGGGAUUUACCAAACGUACUGUGACAUGACCACCAAUGGGGGAGGCUGGACACUGGUGGCCAGUGUACAUGAGAACAACAUAUACGGGCAAUGCACUGUAGGUGAUCGCUGGACAAGCCAACAAGGCAAUGAUGUAAAUUAUCCUGCGGGAGAUGAUACAUGGGCUAAUAAAGUCAUAUUUGGGACUCCAGAAGCUGCCACCAAGGAUGACUACAAGAAUCCUGGCUAUUUUGACAUCCGUGCAAAAGAUAUUGCCGUGUGGCAUGUUACCAAUGAUCAUGACCUGGAGUUGUGGAGAGUUGCUUCUGUUUUACGCUACCACACUAAGAACCAAUUUCUGACACUGUUUGGAGGGAAUCUUUACAACUUCUUUAAGAAACACCCUUUAAAAUAUGGCUCAGGGGCAUGCAGUACUGAUAGAGGAAUUUCGGUUCCUAUUGUUUAUGAUGUUGGUGACGAGAUGAGGACUAAAGAAUUGUAUGGAGAAUAUGUUAGAGCGGAUUUUGACCCUGGAUAUGUAACAUUCAGAGUUUUCAACGAUUACAAGGAGGCCUAUGCAAUGUGUUCUGGGGUCAGGCCGAAAGAAUGCUAUGCGCAAUAUUAUUGCAUUGGUGGUGGUGGUUACUUUCCAAACACUUAUUGCAGCGAUUUCGCCUAUCAGGGUGCAAAUAACGGUGCAACAAAUGGAUAUGGUGCAUCUAAAGAGCUCAAGCAUCUGUGCUUAUUUUCUACCACUAAAAUACAAGACAUCACAAUGUAACUUCCAGUAACUGUUUCUUCUUGCACUUAAGCAAAGUUCCUUACACACACACACACACACACACACACACUUUUGUAUUAUUAAGAUCAGACACAAAAUGAAAAAAAAAGUGAUUUGCUACAAUAUUUAGUCAUCUUGACAUCCCAAAGUCACUGUAACACGUUGUCAUUGCAUUAUUGCAUAGCUUAUUGCUAAUAACAAUAAUAACAAUAAAGUUUUUCAA